CGCACAUUCCCGCGCUACAUUUUGGCGCGAACGGGCGUGCAGGCAAGGGAUUCCGGCGGCCGUGUCGCGUUCGGACGAGGACUGUCGGACGGCGACUCGCGUCUGACCAGCUUGGAGGGCGUCGGGAGAGACCUUGGAGUGACGCUGCAUCGCCUGUGACUCGAGCCCGGAAGAUCGCCCUCGUCUCCUGCCGAAUCGAUCGCCUGCCCUCGGGAGACUGACAGACAGACUCGCCAGACGGAGGGCGAGUUGCAGCCUCGGCGGCGGCGUGCGAGGACCGCGUGUGGCUGGCGACCAACGAGAUGCUGGAGUUGGACCCGGACGUGACGUGGUCCCAGGAGGGGCCCACGCUCUCCAACGACAUUUGGAAGAAGUUCGAGCUGAUCCCCACCCCGCCGCGCUCCCCGCUCAGGGACACCGAGUUCGACCUGGGGAGUCUGCCCGACGACCUGCUGCUGCCCAUCGACCUGCCCCUGCUGGAGGGCGACGAGCUGGACGUGGACCUGGACAACAUUGACCUGGAUGAGUUCCUGCUCAGCGGCAGCACCGUGCCGGAGCCCGUGCCCUGCGCGCACGGCCUCGCUCAGGAGAACUGCAACAGCUGCACACAGCUCGCCUUGGCGGGCUCCGAGCUCCGCCACGACUGCAUGUGGCAGGGCACGUGCACGGCCGAGGCGCACGCGCACCACCAGCCCAGCCGCACGCACAGGGACUCGUGCUCACACAUCACAGACAUCCUGAUGGACUCGUCGGGCGCCCUGGAGUACGCCGCGGGAUUCACGCACCUGGCGGACUUGCACAGCCCCGAGGACGAGGCCCAGAUCGACGCGGUGGCGGACCCCGCGGGGCUGCACCACCCCCUCACGCACCAGGUGGCCCGCCCCGACACCCCCUCCGAGUCUUCCGAGACGGACACGGACGAGGACAACGACCACAUGGACGAGGACAUCGAGACCAACCACUACGGCGUGUGUCGCGAGGAGGAGGUCUACACGAGCGAGGAGCCGCCCAACUCCUCACUCGACAUCGUUCACAUCGACCACAGUUACUACUGCUCGAGAAUACCUUCGCCAGCGACGCGGACGUCGUCGACGUCCUCGUCAUCGUCGUCGUCGUCGUCGUCGUCCUCGUCCUCGUCAUCUUCGGCGUCGGCGUCCUCGUCGGCGUCAUCUUCGUCCUCCACCUCCACCUCCACCUCCACACACACCACAUCGUCGUCGACGUUAUCGUUACAUCGCCGCCAUUACCCGUCGUCGUCGCUUCUCCACACCCCAUCAGACUCCGAGGACGAGAUCGACGUGGUGAGCGUGGGCAGUUCGGAGAGCGCCCAGGCGACGACGCAGAGAAGCAGCAGCGGCAGGAAGCGGCGCCUGGCGGUGAGCGCCGAGGUGGCCGUCAAGAAGGUGGUCAAGAUCCGCACGGGCUCGCUGCCCACCAACCCCUCGCGGCGCAUGCGCAAGCAGCUGCAGCACGCCAUGGCAGCGGGCGUGAAGCGGCGCGGCUCCGGCAGCGCGGCGCACCUGAGGCGGGCGGCCGCGUCGUCGGGCGCCGACGCGCACCACAAGACUCCGAAGCGGCUGCACGAGCGCGGCGCGCUGGGGCGCAAGCGCGGCUCGCCCCGCUCCGACUGCGACGACCCCGAGAAGCGGCAUCUGCACAACUCGCUGGAGCGCAUGCGGCGCGUGGACCUGCGCAACGCCUUCGAGGAGCUGCGCGUGCGCGUGCCCGACCUGCAGGACCGCGAGAAGGCGCCCAAGGUGGAGAUCCUGAAGAAGGCGUCGGAGCACUGCCGGGAGAUGCUGCAGCGCGAGCAGAGCCUCGUGCAAGAGAAGGAGCGCCUCAGGAGAUACGAGAGCGAGCUGCGGCGGCGGCUGCAGGCGCUGCAGAGUAGACACUAACUGCGUCGUCGCCUAGGUGUUCGUCUGUAAUUAGUCACUUCGUAGCUGGUAGGCCUAGCGAGAGGGGGGCGCGACGCCGUCCCCCCCCUCUCCCCGACCACAGUGGUGCCUGCAGAAGGGUCUCGGUGCGCAGUGACGGAAGCCGCCUCCGCCUCCGCCGCGAACGCCGAGUGUUGCGUGUGGCCGAGAGGCUUCGUGCCGGGCAUUGGCUCCGGGCAGCGGGUCCCUUCGGCCGAGGCCCCGGCGGCGCCCGCGCGGGGCCUCAUGCCUUCCUACGGGCCGGCGGCGGCGCGGCUCCGCCCACACUCAGUAGGAUCCAAAGGGUCUUUCUGUAAGCAAGUUCGCUGUUUGUAUAUACUUGUUUUACUUACGUGGUAUUAUUAUUAUCAUUAUUAAUUAAUAAUUAUGAUUAUCAUCAGUGCUACUGUAAUUAUUCGUCUGAAAUCAAAGGAGAUUUUGUCGCGUGUAGAUAUUUCUAUUUAGCAGUAAGGGUUUGGUCACUUAUGUACCUUUUCGGUCGCCCCCCCCCGCGGCGGCCGGCCUGUAAAUGUGUAAAUAUCCAUUGGCGUGAUUCAUUUGUGAUCUAGACAUAUUGUAGUUUCCGGAGGGCGGAGCUUGGCAGAGGGAACACCCCACCCCCUUUCGUCCUCCCCGGACCACGCCCCCUCCCUUCCCCACGCCAGGGAAGGGGAGGGGGCGGGGACCGGGGCCCGACGGGGGGCCUUGUCGGUGCUGCUGUAGAUUAAUCACUUUUUGUUGUUAUUGAAAGGAUAUAUAUUUGAUCAUUAAUAAAGGAGUUUUUUCACUUUAUAAUCUUUUUCGUGUAUAUAAGAAGAAUGCAAAUCUUUAGGUUUAACAAGGACGAGUUGGUUCCCUUGGGCAGGCGGUCGCUCGUCGUUGCAACGCGUCGGUUCCGUGGAAACCGACCUGUUUGGCCACGCUCGCUGGUCCGGGGAGAAAGGACCGGGCGCAGUUAUUAUCUUCAUUAUUGUUAUAAUUAUUACACUUUUUCUUGAUAUAGCUUGGGACAUUUUGGAAAAAAAAUGUGUUUUUUUUUCUCUUACACUCGAAUAUUUUUGUUAUAUGCCAUCUCCAUGGUCGUUUUGGGCGCGCGUUGCCAUUGUGUGGGUGGUCGAGGGGUCGCUUCUGGGGGGUUGCCAUUGGCACCUCCACGCCCGUCGACCGUCCCUAGGGUUGCCAUGAUUAGAAUUAAGGAUACCCCUACCCCCCUACCCCCUACCCUCCCAUAUCUUGCCUUCCUUUCCCUUCUCUUUUUAUCUCUUCCCUUCAACCCUCCCUCCUU